UUGUUAAGAAUGGCAGGAAAGAAACGAGACAAAAAAAGAGAGAGAGCGUUUUACGAAAAUGGAAGCAAACUACAUGAGAAGCUGAUUGCCUCUUGUAAUGGUAGGCCAAUUCCUAUCCGUAGCUACUCUUGUGAAGAACUCCAGCGGGCAACAAAUAACUACGAUCUUAGCCGUAUUUUUCAUACAGAUAGCUCAUAUGAAUGGUACAAUGGUUCUUUUGAAGGCCGAAUGAUUUCCAUUAAGAAGUACUGUCGACACGAUGACGACGACGACUAUGACUAUCUUUUCACUGAUAUAGCUGUUUCUGCAAAGAUGAGCACUCACAAUAAUGUUCUAAAGCUCAUAGGGUGCUGUCUCGAGACUCAAAUUCCCAUUUCAGUGUAUGAAUCUGCCGCAAAUGGAUCACUUAGGGGUCGAUUAUAUGAUGUUACUAGUAAUCGUGAUGGUGCACAACAACAUGAACGUGAGCCCUUGUCAUGGCAGAGCAGGCUAAAGAUUGCAAGGGAAAUUGCUCAUGCAAUUUUGUAUCUCCACACUGCGUUCUCAAGACCUAUUAUCCACAGGGACAUAAAACCAGGAAAUGUCUUCCUAGACCAAAACGAUGUUGCCAAACUAACUGAUUUUUCAUGGUCCAUAUCGAUCCCUGAAGGUGAAACUCACGUAGAGGAUGCUCUUUAUGGAACUUACAGAUUUAUAUGCCCCCACUAUACGGCUACAGGCUACGUAACGGAGAAAGCUAACGUCUACAGCUUCGGAUCGUUUCUAUUAGAGCUUUUAACUGGACAGAAAUGGAAAAUAGUAGGCACUGCCGACUCUUUUGGUGUUGUGGUUGUGGAUGUUGAAAAUGACGGAGAAAUAGUUACCAUGAAUAUUAAUGAGGUUUUGGAUCCUACAAUCCUUGUAGGGGAAGAAGGAUCUGUUGUGUGGCAACAAUUACAAGAUGUAUUACAGCUUGCUUUCAUAUGUAGAAAAGGGGAUCCGGAGAUCAGGCCAGAUAUGGUUGAUGUUACAAAAGAGCUCAGAAAAAUUGAGAGGUUCAUCCUAUGAUUAUUGGAACUGCCACUUCUCUCUCAUUGCUUUUGUAUUGUGGCAGGUCCAAGUGAGGAGAAGAGAACUGUUGAGUGCUUGUUUUGUGAAAUUUUCUAUGUAAAGUUAAAUGAGUUUAGCUUUGUAACAA